GCAGUGCAUGCCGGGGGGAGGGUCAGUCCCAGCAUGCUCGGUGUGGCGCGGCCUUCUGGCAAGUUAUAGUUCCGGGAUGGCGCACAGCUGCAAGAUUGGCCCCUCGAUUCUCAACAGCGAUCUGGCCCAGCUCGGGGCCGAGUGCAGACGGAUGCUGGACUGCGGGGCCGACUACCUGCACCUGGAUGUGAUGGAUGGACAUUUUGUGCCUAAUAUCACCUUUGGUCAUCCUGUGGUAGAAUGUCUUCGUAAGGAACUUGGGCAAGAACCCUUCUUUGAUAUACAUAUGAUGGUCUCAAAGCCAGAGCAGUGGGUGAAACCGAUGGCAGUAGCUGGUGCUAAUCAGUAUACAUUCCACCUUGAAGCAACAAAUAGCCCAGGGCCACUUAUCAAAGACAUUAGAGAAAACUGUAUGAAGGUGGGACUGGCAAUUAAACCAGGUACAACUGUAGAAGACUUAGCUCCAUGGGCAAAUCAGAUCGACAUGGCCUUGGUGAUGACUGUGGAACCUGGGUUUGGAGGUCAGAAAUUCAUGGGUGACAUGAUGCCAAAGGUCCAGUGGUUGAGAACACAGUUUCCUUCUCUGGAUAUUGAAGUUGAUGGAGGUGUGGGACCAGACACUAUUCAUAAAUGUGCAGAGGACUGGAGAAGAAACCUCAAUGGAAUCAAAACAACCUUAACUGAAAUGAAAACAGAAAAUGCUGGAAAUACUCAGCAGGUCAGGCAGCAACUGGAGAGAGAAACAGAGUUAAUGUUUCAUGUCUGUGACCUUCCCCCACCCUGCACCUGAAAUUUAAGUUGUGUUACUGAAAAAAUUGCAAUGUAUAAAUUGUGUAUCUCAAAAACAUUUACUGCAGGAGGACAACAUGGAUUUGAGGAUUACAACUGGCAGCAUCCAAGUUCAACUCCUGAUCUAAUAUCUGCAAUCGGGAUUACAAUUAGUUCUGUGCCCUAAAUUAAGUGAAAACCCAUGAAAUCAGCCAGGGCUUCCGAGUGCUAUCCACUCCUGAAAAUGCCCCUAGGACGUUAGUUGAAGGCAAGAUCCAACACAGUUGAGACAGUCCACGCCAGUAAAGAACCUAGAACAUUGUCUCAGAUGAUGGAUGAAGAACUAGCGGUCACACCCAUCCUUGAGUCUGCACCUUUUGAAGGGGAGGGAAGAAAUCAGCAACAGAAACAAUACAAAAGGUUCGCUUAACAUUGCUGAGAAGAUGGGUAGUUACAUUCAAAAGUAAUAAAAUAAAAAUUACUGCAAAAGUUA